AGCGGCUGCAUUUCCGGCGACUUUGCCGCAGAAACGUAAACAAGUUGUGAUCUGUGAACUGUCUCUCACACACUGAACCCGUAUUGCCGUUCACAAUUAUUUCAUAAUAAUAAUAUGAAAACACCACCAGCUUGAGGACCUCUGUUCUCCGUUUUCUACUGUUAUAAAAUGACUGAUCCGAGGGACGACCCGUACUACAACCGUCGAAUCCGUGGCACUCCUUUCAAUCGCUACCGAAAUUUGAUUUCAUUUGCGUUCUUGGGAGUCAGCUGUCUGGUGGGAGUCGGCUACUAUUUCCUCCCCUCUACUCAGUUACUGCUAAAUAAACUUGAAGAAUUUGGUAAUAAACAUACAGAAGAGUUUGAGCUGAGGCGCCUUUUAGUUCAAGAAAGUUUGACUAAGGCUGCAUACCUUCGUCAGAAACAAGAUGAAAAACAAGAAGAAUCUGAAAAGUAAUCAAGAAAGAGUCUGAACAAUAUGGAAAAUUACUUUACCAUCUUUGAAGAUUUCCACUUUGUUCACAGAGUAUACCAUGCAGCAGACAAAGAUAGUGAAAACACCAGAUUUUUUCUACUCAUUUCAUUAUACAUCAAGAGUUAAAUACUGGCUGAUGAGAGUUUUUGUACACCAUAUGGCAUUGUUAUGUUUUUCACAGUUGCUUAUUCCAUUUAUUGCCCAUAUGGUUCACAUAUAUCCUGGACAUAUGUGCUUUAUGGUAAAGACCAACUGAUCAUGUUGAGGUCUUGCUCCAAGUAGUGAUUGGUAUAACUGACUGGAUAGUGUGUAGUUUUUAUGGACUUGUACAGGUGUAAAUAAAGGAUAAACUAAACUAACAACACAUUCCCCAAGAUGAGUGCCAGUAGGGGAACUAGUGGUCGUCUCUCACGGAAAAGAAAAAAUGAAGACAGUUCACAGUCUCAGUUGGCCACUGCAUUGCACGAUAUUACGGAUGAUUUUGAAGAUAUAUCAACAGUGUUCAGGUUGCCUAAAAAAUCUAAAGUAGAAAAGCUCUUAGCUCCAACACGACCUCGUGGACGACCUGCCAAGAGAAGCCUGGCGAGCAGAACUUUGUGUAGCAAUAAAGAAACGCUUGAUGAGGAUGAUUUUAGUGAUGCGGCGUCUGUGACCACAGAUGACAAAAGCUCUCAAGAUGUAGUUGUAAUUGAUGACGACAAUUGUGACUUGGAACUAGACGAGUCAUUUUUGAACAAGGAUGAAAAACUUUGUAGAAGUUGCAAACAUAUUGUUCCAAUGGAAAUGUUUCAGAAUCACUUGAAGGAAUGUUUUCAAAAGUUCAAAUUGCAUAAGAACACCAGAACCACCAAAGAGACAGUUCAUCCUUGUUCAAGUCAUCAAGAAAGCAACCCUGAAGAAAAGCAAUCUGCUGCUGUUCAGGAAAAGGAAAAUGUGCACAUUUUACCAUGUCCCCUCUGUCUGAAGCCCUUCAAAAGCAAGUCACAGCGUCAGUCCCACAUUAAAACUUGUGGUCAGAAUAAGGGAUUAAGUGCUGAUAAAGUUAUUUCUGCUAUAAGGCUUCAAGAAAAGCAAGCAGAGGAGAGAAUUCAGUUAGGACUUCCUGCAGUUGCUGUUCAGUCAUCUAAUCAUGAGGAAAAGGAAACUGCAACAGAAAGGGGCAAAAGAAGAGGGAAAAAACCAGUAAACAGUAAAGAUCCUGAUUUGGCAAUGGCCAUAGCUCUCUCAAGAUCAGUUGCUGAGGAGGAGGCCGAGAAGAGAGCAUCAGAGGAAGAGAAACUUUUGGCUUUAGGGUUGGGCCAUAUUGUUGAGGAAGAUAGAAAAAUGAAACCUGUUGUGCUGCUUCCUUGUACUAGUGAUUCCAUGAAAACAAACAUUAAAGAGAAGGGUCGAGGGUCAAGAGGUCGGAGAAAUUUCCACAAUACUGUGCUAGCUACUCGUUCAGUCGCAGAAAGGGAAAGGAUUAUAAGUGAAAAAGUUGCUACUAUUUUAGCCAGUGAAACUUCAACUAAUAUAAGUUGGAAAGAAAACACCACUCAGGGAGGACGUGGGCGUCUCACAAAUUUUCGGGAUGAGAACUGUACUUUGUGGAGUGCAUCUGCUUGUAAUCUUGAGCAACCUAUUGAGAAAUAUUAUGUCGCUGAUCUCGAGUCACACAUCAAGCCCAAAAAAGAUGAAGUUGAGCUUUUGAAGAGGCUGUCGGACAUCCCAGGACGACUGAAUGUCACUGUUAUGCAAAACAUUAUUGAGAACUCUGACAGUGAUUCUGAUGUAGAAGAAGCUUCUGUUCUUAAUGAAUACUGCACACAGCUUGCCAUGGCAGAACUCCUAGGCUCUCAAGAACUGAAUUUAACUCGUGCCAAUGGCCCUGCAUCACCAAAUUUAUCUUCUCUUGAUGACCUUCAAGGUCCUAGUUCAAACAUCACCCUAGAAGCUGCUAGUGGUUUCUGGUUGAUCCACCCAGCAGAAACUAAAGACUCCAAUGAUACUGCUACAGCCGAAGAACCAGAAGUCAAUACAUGCAAAGUCCCCAACACGCAUGUGGAUUUUGAAAAGACUCCUGAAAGCAGCAACAGUCAGGUUAAUAGUAAGGAAGAUGAUAUUUUAGCAGAAAUGAGAGCAAAGAAGAUGGGAGAAAGCGAAAUUUCAACCAAGGAUAGUAAACUUACAGAUGGAGAUGGAACUUAUAAAUUUAGCAGCAAUUUCUGGUUUUUCUGUGAUGGAAUGUUGCCUAUGCCAUUGAGUGAUGAACCUUGCGAAAGUAUCUGUGAAUUAGAAACUGCUGCACCAUUCCAGGGUAAAGAGAAAGAAGUGAAUAUCACCUCCCGUUCUUCAAAGAACUCUUGUUCUAUAAACAGACACCACACUUUUUUAGAAAAGUCUUUAGUAGACUUUCGAGAUAAAAAUGGUGUUACGAAUGUUCCUUCAUCUCCGCAAUUUGCAGUUGAUAUGGAUGAAACCAAAAUGUACGUUAACUCCAAGACUGUUAGGCAUUGCAAUGAUAGUACAGUGAUGUACCAGUCCAACAAGGAUAAAUGUCGGACUGAAAGAGCAGUAAGUCCACAAAAUGCCUGUGAAGACAGUUCAGAUCCUGAAACAAGAGAAGGAAAAUUAGGCAUAACUUUAUCCACUGAAGAGUAUAGCAAAGCAGGAGAGACAGCUAUUAAUCAAAUUCUUGAAGCCUUUGAAGAAACCAUACCCAGCAGAUAUUUAAAUGAAGCAAAUGACACAGUAUUGUAUAAAAAUAGGCCAGGUGUGGAAGGUGACAAUAGAAGUUUAAAGGAUUGUCGUACAAAAAGCAGCACUUCAAAUGUUUCUCCUGAACUGAGUAGUACUGAGGAGAGUUCAGAAAUCAACAAGAGAUCAGACAGCAUGCUGACACGGCUUAUUUAUGACUGGGGCUCCCUUUUAGCUAGUGGUGAAGAAAGCGAUGUGACUAUCAUAACAAAUAGCGGUGAAGAAUUAAAAGCUCACUCUAUUGUUCUCUUAGCUCGAUGUCCCGAGUUAUAUGCAGAUGUGAAAAAAAGCAAAAGACAACUUACUUGGAAUGGAGUUUCAUAUGAUGGAGCAUACAUCUUUUUAGCAUAUUUAUACACUGGUGGUUGCAGAAUAAAAACAAAAGAUGAUCCUUUUUGGAUGGAUGUUUUUGAUCUGGCUUUGAAAUAUAAAAGUGAAGAACUCAUUAGUUUCCUUGAGAGUCUCUAUAAAAUAGGGAAUUCUCCCAUUAAAGAAAAAGGUUUGUUACAGAAGGGUUCUGAGUCCGGUGUCUCAGAAUUGUUGCCUGAAAAAUUAGAAUCAAGAGGAAGAAUGAUAGAAAAGACUCUCGUAGGUGAUGUGGUGGUGAGAAGAAAGGAACCAGACAAAAUUCAGUGUAGUUUAUCCAAUAGUAAGAUGAAGUUAGGGAACACUAGCACAGUUAGGCCAUUACAGAUGGAUUCUGCUGAAGAUACUGCCAUACCACAGCAGACAAGUAGUGAAUUGCAAGAUAAGCACAAGUUUUCUGUCCUAAGUACUCCUAAAGCUGACAGAAGUAGUAGAAGUGUCCCCAGGAAAGUGGCGAGAUGUCUUGACCUAUCUCCCUAUGAUAAACACUGUCACCAACAGUUCUUUAUUCAAGAUGAGAAUGAUCAAGUGAUGACAAAAUCACCACUUGGAGUUUCAUCACCCGAAGAUACCACUGUGAAAAGCCAUUCCAAGGAGUCUGAACAUGAUCAUGCAGUUGGAAUAUCAAACUCUUUAUCUAGUCACAAGAAAUCUCCAGAUGUGCAAGUCAGCUACAAUGUUCAGUGUGAUGAGAGUUCGGUGUGUUCUAAAUUUGGAAACAACCAAGGACAAAGUUGUGAGAGUGGAGUAUUGCAUAGUCAGGAUUAUUAUCAAGAUAAUGAUCGUACAGAAGAUAAAUGUCAUAUUUCAAAAGAUGUAGAUGCAAAGAAAGGGAAUUCAUUAGAUUCAGCAAAGCCUUUAAAUAUUGAAGACAAUAUUGAUGCUAAUGAUGAAGAUGAGAUCCAAAAUGGUAAUGUAAUUGAUCUGACAAUUGAUAGCUCUGAUGAGUCACAGUCUAGUUAUUUCUCAGUUGGUAACAUUGUGGAUAAAACUACAAUUAGCAGCAAAACAGCCACACCCAUAUACUCUCAAGAUGAUAUGGAGCCUCUUAGACUGGUGGAAAUGGUUAAGAAAGUGAAAAGGAUGUGGAUGAAGUUUCUCACCAAACGACCACGAAGGGUCAAGAUCUGGCAGAAUGAAAAUGAUCAUUCUUACAUAAGCAAUGUGUGGGAUGAUUUUGAUGAUGCUGGAUUUGGAAUUUCUGUUGAUAUGCCACUGACACCUGACAAAGGUGGAAAUACUGAAAAUGUCAGUUGCCUUGAUUUGCCAUCUCUUGAAAAGGAGGAAAGAGUUGUUGCUCACACCGACAAUGAACGGAUCAAUAGCAAUGAAUCCCAGUCCAGCGCUUUCAAAGCAACUCUACCUAUGGUGCCCCCUAGUUUAUCAAACCAGAAAAACUUGGACUUUGCAACCAGUACAACAGAUACCCAAAAAUCCUGCAGGUUUGACCAGGGAUGUACAAAGGCCAGUUCUUGUUUUCCAUCCAUUAGUGAUGAUACAAUGGCUAAAGUAGCAGAAGACAUGGAUGAUUCUAAUUUAUGGAAAGAAGAGUUUGAGCCAGUGUUUGAAGAAGAUAACCAAAUGAUAGAAAUGGAGUGUUUUGACAAAGGGAAUACUGUCGGGUAUGAAAAGAUGAAAACUCCUAAACAGAAAGCAAAAACACAGAAUAUGGUAACACCAAUGCCGAAUUACAAAAAUAUGCCGUCACCAGAACUGCAGAAAGAGCUCAAGAGAUAUGGGAUUAAGCCCAUUAGUCGGAAGAAAGCAAUUGUUUUGCUGGAACAUGUCUAUGAAAAGACGCAUCCGUUAGUUACUGAUAGUGAGGCUGAUAGUAGUUAUUGUGAUACUCCAUUACAACCACAACCUGCUACGACAAAAACUGGUAAACAGAAAGUCGCUGCAUCCCUUGGAGAAAGGCUAGCAAUGAGAAAUUCAAAGAAGACUAAAAAUACAGAUGAUAAGCCAAAGAAGAAUACGGCCUCAAAAAAUCAAAACAAAGUGUCUCAGGUUGUCCACAUUCCAGAUAAAAUUGAAGAGGAGGAGGGAGAGGACAGUCCUCUAAAUUUGUCACAGUCUUCCAGCACAAGCGGUGAAGGAUCUGAAGUGGAUUGUGUUGAGGAAUCAAUGCUAGUGGGGACUCUUGAUAAUGACCUUGCCAUUAGUGCAACUCAGCAAGGUUGGUGGUUGCUUAUCAGCCAAAUUGUUCCAGUUUAUAGAAGUGACCCAGAAUUUCAGAAAGUCCUACUAUAUGAACCCUUCUUUGUAGAAGAUUUACAGGCUUCACUUAAAGCUAAUGGAGUGAAAUGUAAUAUGAGAAGUCUUCUUGAUGUUCUUGAUGAUCAGUGCAUCACCUUCAGGACUCAUCAAGGACAGAGGCAACGCCAACGAGGUCGAAAGUGUAAGAGGAAGAGUGUUGGUACUCCAGGUAAAUCACCCAAAAGAUCUAAAAGGACCAAUCCUUAAAUGCUAUUAUUUAUGUUUUUAACUGACAUUGGUUUUAAAUUCAAUGACUAUGGAACAUCUGUGAUAUAUUUCAGUGUAUUUAGAUUAUGUGCUUAAUUUGACUAAGGUGGAAGCAAUGGAAAAUCAAUAUUAUUAAGAUGAAAUAACUUUAAUCACAUAUAUUGAUGUGUUAAGAGAAAAUCUUUGUAGUAAUAUAUUUUGUUAAUAAAUAUUUGAAAACUG